GAUUGAUUUAAAAAUAACAAUUAUAAUUGAGUAGAAAUCUGGCAGCGAAGGGGUGUGAUGGAAGGAUGAGACGACUGUGCGCGUCUAAUAAAAGCGAUGUGCUAAACAGCAUUGGAGAGACGAGCGCCCCUGAAUCUCUGCAGGAAAUGUUCUUUAUAUUAUACAUAUACACGCAGGUCCUGCUUGCUCGGUAGUGCUGCGCGCGCGCUUAAACGCUGGGGAAAAAUAAUCGCGGGCGGCUGUCGCAGAACAGAAGCGACUUUACGGUUGCUGGACAUCGUCUUCGACUACCGGGAACCUCGUUAUAUUUUUUAAAGGACAACAAAUGAGAAUUUCACUGCCGAUUCCGGAUCUCCGGCGCCGUGUUCGCCGCUGCGGGUAUUUUAUCGGAGAAAGUCGGCGCAAGAGAGGAAUUUUUCCGCUGGCGGAUGGAAAUUGAGUCUGCGGGGGAAUAUUAGCGCCUGUCGGUUUUUAAUUUGGAGCCGGCGGCGGCCAUGGGCGACCGUUUUAUAUUGAGCGGGGCGGCUGCGGGGCUUCGCCCUGCCAGGACCUGAUGCAAUCCAUUCAAGCCAACAAGUUUGGAGAGAAUGUUGAGUUCAAUCAAUUCAGAACGUCGAGAUGGAGCCCAACUCACUCAAGUGGGUCGGAUCCUCCUGUGGACUGCAUGGACCUUACAUCUUCUAUAAAGCCUUCCAGUUCCACCUGGAGAACAGAGCGCGGAUCCUGUCCCUGGGAGACUUCUUCUUGGUCCGCUGCAAACCCCACGAGCCCGUCUGUGUAGCGGAGCUGCAGCUCUUGUGGGAAGAGAGGACUAGCCGGCAACUUUUAUCCAGCUCCAAACUUUAUUUCCUCCCAGAAGAUACCCCCAAGGGCAAGAACAGCAGCCACGGAGAGCAUGAAGUUAUAGCUGUUUCGGAAAAGGUCAUAGUCCGACUGGAGGACUUGGUAAAGUGGGCACACUCGGAUUUCUCGAAAUGGAACUAUGGACUCAAGGCGUUGCCUGUAAAACUCAAGGAACUUGCCAGGAAUGGCCAGAAAGAGUCCCUGGCCAAGUACAGACAAUCAGUGCUAAACAGUGGAUUGAAUUUCAAGGAUGUCUUCAAAGAAAAAGCAGAAUUAGGUGAAGGCGAAGGCGACAAAAAUGUGAUGGUUUUAAGUUAUCCCCAGUAUUGCCGAUAUCGGUCAAUCCUGAAACGAAUUCAGGCAGAACCGUCCUCUGUAUUAGCGGACCAAUUUGUUCAGGCCCUCGGAGGGAUCGCUGUCAUCAACAACAAUACAAAGAUACUUUAUUGUCGGGACACCUUUGACCACCCAACUCUGAUUGAAAAUGAAAGUAUAUGUGACGAAUUUGCACCGAAUCUUAAAGGCAGACCACGCAAGAAGAAGCUUGGUCCACAGAGAAGGGAGUCUGUUAAUGGAGUGAAGGAGUUGGCUGGAGUUUGUGAUGGGAAGACUGUGGCCAAGGUCAAAUGUGAAGUCAAGGCCACAUUACCCAAAACAAAGACUCCUAAUGGGAACUGCAAAAAAAUAUUGAUUGAAGAUAAACCAAAAGCUGGCGAAGAUGAUGGAUGUAAAGUAGAUGAAGGAAAGGCAGACGAGCAGGCAUUUUUAGUGGCACUCUAUAAGUAUAUGAAAGAGCGAAAAACUCCCAUUGAAAGGAUACCAUAUUUAGGCUUCAAGCAGACUGCGCAAAAACUGGGAGGAUAUGAAACGAUUACUGCACGGAGGCAAUGGAAACAUAUUUAUGAUGAAUUAGGAGGAAACCCUGGAAGCACGAGCGCUGCUACAUGUACUCGGAGACAUUACGAAAGAUUAAUCCUCCCCUAUGAAAGGUUCAUCGGUGGAGAGGAAGAUAAACCAUUGCCUUCGGCCAAACCUCGAAAACCAGAGAAUGGCUCUCAGGAAGUGGAGCUGAAAGCAAAGAUUUGUGGGGCAAAGCGUAUCAAGAAUGAAUCUCAGAAGUCAAAGAAAGAAAAGGAUCCCACGGCAAAAGGCCUUGAUAUGACUGAGGUUCCACCAGACGAAGAGGAUCAUCUGGAAGCAGAUGAGAAAAACAUGCCUCUUGAUUAUGAUUUAGAGGAGACAAAGACAUCUGUAGACAAGUCUGAGUCAGUGGUCUCCGAAGUCAACUAUCCCUCGCCUCUGGAAAAUGAUGAGCUGGAAGAAACCGUUGCUAACAAAGACCAUGUGACAAAGGAUGAAAAUUCAUGCCAAGACCCUGAUCCUGUUGAUUCACUGAUUCAUGUUAAAGAGAUUAACUGCAGGCAAACGGAUAAGCAGCUACAAAUGCCUAAUGAAACCAUGACAACAACAAAACGAGAGCAAAUCAAAGAGGAUUAUUCAGACCAUUUGGAAAAUGACCCAGAGGAUGUUCAACUGCAUGUGUUUCCCGCCAUUCAGGCGCCUCAACAUGAUAUGCACUUGGAUGAGGAAAAACUUCCAGAUAUGCCUGAUUACAUUGCAAAUUGCACAGUGAAGGUGGAUCCAUUGGGAUCAAAUGAUCUCAAGAAUCCCCUGGACAGCAACUUACUCCAAAAUGCACUUAAGCAGAAUCCCAAAGUUUACUUUGUACAAACACUCGACAUGCUGAGUGAUGAGAAAGAUACAUCUGCCUCGAUGAACGAUGAUUCCUCAUUCAGUUACACACCUCUGCUUUACUCACGGGGGAAUCCGGGAAUCAUGUCCCCUCUUGCAAAAAAGAAGCUUUUAUCUCAGGUGAGCGGAGCUUCACAACCUGGCAACCUUCCCUAUGGUUCACCACCUCCCUUAAUAAGCAAAAAAAAAUUAAGCUCUAAAGGUGAAGUAUCUCCAUCUUUGUUACAAACUCAUCAUUCGUCUAAUUCAGAAUCUGCUGCCAUAAACAGACCUUCUGUUAUUCAGCAUGUACAAAGUUUUAAGCAAAAAAGCCCAGAGGAGAAAAAGACUGUGAAUGACCAUUACAAAAACAGUAUGUUCGGCAAAGUAGACUCUUACUGCUGUGAUUUUGCAAAACACCACCAGAGCGUCCUGGCUGACUCUUAUGCUCUCAAGUCCUGCGUACAGGAAUGCAAAGAAAAAAUGGCAGAAAAAAGAGCUGCGUCAAACUCAAAUGUGCCUAGUUUUGUGGCUGAAUUUUAUUCCUCCCCUCACCUGCACAGGCUAUAUAGGCAAGCAGAGCAUCAUCUCCACAAUGAAAACUCUGCAAAAUUUCACUCCCGAGAAAUGUUUAGGGACUUGGAAAAUGUGUCUUCACACAAACAUCAUUACCAUGCUUCUUUGCACCAACACGACAAACAGAAUUUACACGAUGACGUAGAUGACCAGCCCACUGAUUUAAGCCUUCCCAAAUCUCUGCACAAACUCUCCACAAAAAUUCCAGGGUCUUCUAUUUGCCACCAGCCUGUACAGCAAGAUUCCAAAAGCCACAAUCCAUUUCAAACUCCAAACAGCAAAACCCUUGGUCUGGACUGCAAUCCCAAAGCCUGUAGGGUUUCACCAAUGACCAUGCCUAUCUCCAAAAGACAUAUGGAUUCCAUUCAAAGGCCUUCAAAGACUGUAAAACCUGAUACUUUAAGAAAAGUGGAAGGUUUAGUCCAUCCAUUCUCAAUUGGUAAAACCAAUACUCAUAACUUUGGGGCUCCACGAUCCCUCAAAAGAAACUUGGAGGACAUGGACAACCCUCUCACUGACAAAAAAAUAAGAGCUGUAUCUCCACUACACUUGCCAAAGGAAAUGUCUGGGAAAGACACAUUUGUUGGCCAAGAUGGGGAAAGCAGCAAAUCAGUGCAUGAUAUUCAUUCUGGUAGCAUGAUGGAAAGCCACAAAUACCCCCUUUCAUCACCUUUCUUUCCUGGCAUGUACCCUGGAAGCUUUUGUGGUGGUUUAAGUUCUCGCAUACCAACUGCUUAUUCUCACCCUUUGCAGUACUUGAAAAACCAGACUGCGCUUUCUCCCCUUAUGCAACCUUUGGCUCUUCAUACCUUCAUGAUGCAAAGACAAUAUCUGACUAAUUCUACUAACUCUCAGCAGCUGUACAGACAAAUUGCUUCACAUGCACCAGUAGGCUCUUCCUAUGGAGACCUACUACACAGCAGCAUUUAUCCUUUAACUGCCAUCAAUCCCCAAUCUCCAUUCCCUUCCUCUCAAAUGUCUUCUGUAUAUCCUAGCACAAAACUUUAAAUGUCCCUUCUUUGCAAAGUAAUUGUUAAUACUUAAGCUACAUUCCUAUUCCUUGCCCAGCAAAACUCUUGGUCAUCAAAGCCUCACCUCAACGGCAACUCCACUGCUUCAACGUAUAUGUUAAAAGUACGAACAGGCUCACAUUUUAGUUCCAGUUUUAUUUGCUUGAACCUUUAUUUUCAAAAUCUUGUGAAUGUUACAUCUUCUUUCUAUUUUGCACAUCGCGUUUAUGUUUUCAGUAUCAUUAUGUUCCAGAGAACCUAGACCAGUUGUGGUCAUGUUUGUGAGACAGCUAUCAUUUUUGGGAAACUGUUAACGCACAUUCACCCCAAAGGUAAAGCUCGGUGCAUAUUCUGUUGAUGGGUUUUUUUUUUUUUGACUGUUCUAAAGGUUCCAAUCAAUGCAAUGUAUAGUUCCAAGCCAAUCAUUUUAUUAAUUUUAACACUAUAGAGAAAGAAAAGGUAAACACUGUUCAAAUGACUGUACAUAUCGCCUCUUACAAAUACCAGUGUCACUGUCGUUUCACCUAAUUUAUAUGUAUUAAUCUUUCAGUUGAUUCUGUGCUUUUUUUUUUUUUUUUUUAUUAAAUAAUAUUGUGUCAACUGCAA